AUGCAAGAACACCUCCCCCCGGGAAUCUCAAUCUUCAAAGCCGAAAACCUUGAGGACUGGCAAAUGGACAUCAAAGUCCUCGACGAAAAUCCACUCUACCGCAAUGAAACGUACAGACUGAAAUUCACAUUCGGAUCCAAAUACCCAAUCGAACCCCCGGAAGUCCAAUUCAUAACUGAAACCCAAUCGCAACCUCAGCAGCAGUCCCAAUCACAGACACAGGCACGGACAACCCCAUCAGCACCCGCCGAACAACAGACGCAACCGACAGACUCAAAACGCCCAAUCCCCAUCCAUCCGCACAUCUACAGUAAUGGCAUCAUCUGCCUGGACCUCCUCAGUUCAGCCGGUUGGUCCCCCGUGCAAACAGUCGAGAGCGUUUGCAUGAGCAUUCAGAGCAUGUUAACCGCGAAUUCGCGCAACGAGAGACCGCCUGGCGAUAGUGAGUUCGUUUCAUACAACCGGCGCCGGCCGCGGGAUAUCAAUUUUCUAUAUGAUGAUGAUAAUGUGUAA